AUGCGUCUCAGCCUUCUCCCCUUGGUUGCCUUUGUUGGCUGUGCUUUCGCAUCUGGAGAUACUAUCUCUACGGCCAUCGACAACAUCUCCAAUGCCACUCUAGCUCUGGACAAGUCCAUCACAAACUGGCCUCAGACCCUAGUCGGCAUACUCCCCAUCACCACAAAGUCAACACUGCUCCUCACAGCCAUUCACGACGGUACUCUUGCCGCUCGCGAUUCUGAGCAUCUAUCCGUCGACGAGACUCUUCAAGUUGCCAAGGCCACUUCUGAGUUGACAACCGACGUCACCCAAGUGAUUGAUACCAUUAUCGCCGCCAAGCCCAAGUUCGACAAACUGAUGGUCAGCCCUGUCAUUCUCCUCAACCUCAAGCUCCAGCGCGCUCUAAGUGCCGACUUCUCCGAAGCUAUCCUAGCAAAGGUCCCCAAGGACCUGCAAGGAAACGCAAAGGCGCUAGUGCAAGGGAUCGACGACAGUUUUGCAAAGGCAAUCAAAAAGUACAGCUCUCUACGGGGAUAA